UCUUCCCUGUUAUCAGGGCACCAUGUGCCGCGGCCUAACAAUGCGCAAUGCACGUGUCCCCUCGGCUGAUUGUGGGUUACUCGAGGCCAACGCCCCCAUAAAGACCCUGACAAGGAAGGAAUGGGGCCUCUCGACUAGCACUCCUGGGGCAUAAACCACACCGAACAUCUACGGGACAGCUAGCAAGCCGUACGAUGUCGUGUUUCAUUGUUGUUGCUGUCCUUUUGGCCACAUUCGCUCGCGCCCUCACCACGCGCCAGACCAUCACUGGUCUCACCACAUCCCAGAUUGAUUCCUAUACUCCAUACACUUACUACGCAAGCACUGGGUACUGCACUGCUGCUCAGACACUCGCCUGGGACUGUGGUGCCGACUGUGAGGCUAAUCCCGAUUUCAUACCUGUUGCCUCUGGGGGUAACGGUGACUCUGUUCAGUAUUGGUACGUCGGAUACGAUCCUUCGCUCAGCACUGUGAUCGUCGCGCACCAAGGAACCGACGUCUCCGAGAUUUUGCCCCUGCUUACCGAUCUUGACCUCGUCCUGACGAACCUCGACUCUUCGCUGUUCCCCGGAAUCCCCUCAGACAUUGAAGUCCACAAUGGUUUCAUGAGUGCACAGGCAUCGACUGCAACGCAGGUUCUCACGGCUGUGCAGACGACAAUGUCCAAGUACGGGGCAACGAAGGUAACCCUGGUUGGCCAUUCCCUUGGGGCGGCAAUCUCCCUCCUGGAUUCGGUCUACCUCCCUCUUCACCUCCCUUCAGGCACGAGCUUCCAAACCAUUACAUAUGGUCUUCCUCGGGUUGGUAAUCAAGCCUUUGCAAACUAUGUAGACGCCAAUUUGCACCUCACCCAUAUCAAUAACAAGGAGGAUCCGGUCCCAAUCUUGCCAGGGAUGUCCCUCGGCUAUGUCCAUCCCGCCGGAGAGGUCCAUAUCGAGGACUCUGGGGAAUGGGCUGCAUGCCCUGGACAAGACAAUCCAAGUACCCAAUGCAUCGUUGGCGACGUGCCGACGAUAUUCCAGGGUGAUGAAUCAGACCACACUGGUCCCUAUAAUGGAAUCGAGAUGGGUUGCUAGUCGUGGGUAAACAUUUUACCUUGCGAGGGUAUGCGGCAGUAGGAGGACAAAAGAGUGAGAACUCGCACAUUCGUGACC